AAUUCUCUGGCUUACACGUGUUUUUGUUAUUCUAUUUGGAAAAAGAUAAAAUCUUAAAACGCAAAAUAAACGUGCCAGAUGGAGCACGAUAAUUAUACCGGCGUCAGCCAGCUGGGCGCCGACAAUAUCAACAGCAAUGCAAUGAUCCUGUGCUGUGAAUGUGGCGUCGCCAUACAACCAAAUCCUUCCAAUAUGUGUGUUACAUGUUUGCGAAAUUAUGUGGAUAUCACAGAGAAUAUACCGAAGCAGGCAGUUCUGCACUUCUGUCGCAACUGCGAGCGCUACCUGCAGCCGCCCAACGAGUGGAUACAGGCCUCACUCGAGUCCAGGGAGCUGUUGGCAAUUUGCCUAAAGAAGCUGAAGGGACUGAAGGAGGUGAAACUGGUCGAUGCAGGCUUCAUAUGGACGGAGCAGCAUUCAAAGCGCAUCAAGGUCAAGCUGACGGUGCAUGGCGAAAUCACUGGAGGCACAGUGCUGCAGCAGGUCUUCAUUGUUGAAUUUACGGUGCAGAAUCAGAUGUGCACCGAUUGUCAUCGCACAGAGGCCAAAGACUUCUGGCGCUGUCUGGUGCAAGUGCGUCAACGGGCUGAGAACAAGAAGACCUUCUACUACCUGGAACAGUUGAUACUCAAGUAUAAGGCCCAUGAGAAUACGCUGGGCAUCAAGCCCGAGCACGGCGGCCUCGACUUCUACUACGUCAGCGAGAAUCAUGCCAGGCGCAUGGUUGAUUUCCUGCAGACAAUGGUUCCUGUCAAGGUGACCACGUCGAAGCGCCUAAUCUCACACGACAUACACAGCAACAACUACAACUACAAAUACAAUUGGUCGGUGGAGAUUGCGCCGAUAUCGAAGGACAGCGCCGUCUGCCUCCCGAAGAAGCUGCGUCAGCAGCUGGGCAACAUCUCGCCCGUGUGUCUGGUGAAUCGGGUCUCGAGCAGCAUUCACCUGAUUGAUCCGCUGACGGCACAGAUCGCCGAGGUCAACAGUCAGGUCUAUUUCCGUGCGCCGUUCGAGGCGAUUUGCAAUCCCAAGCAACUGGUCGAGUACGUCGUCAUGGACAUCGAUGUGAUACACGAGAAGGAUCGCAAGACGUAUCCGGGCCAGGGCAUGGUCUCCUUCAAGCACGCCCUCUGCGACAUUUGGGUGGUGCGCUCCUCGGAGCUGGGCAUCAACGACAAUCCCGUACAUACACGCUCCCAUCUUGGCCACGUGCUGAAGGUGGGCGACUCGGUGAUGGGCUACAAUACGGCCGAGGCGAACAUCAAUAAUCCGGAGUUCGAUAAGCUGAGUUCGAACCUCAUCCCGGAUGUUGUGCUCGUGCGCAAGCAUUACGAUCGACAGACGCGUCUCAGCCAGCGCCUGUGGAAGAUCAAGCAUCUGGCGGAUGAGGCGACGGACGAGCGCAGCAAAUAUGACUAUCACGAGUUCCUCGACGACAUCGAGGAGAAUCCCGAUAUACGCGGACAGAUCAAUGUCUAUCGUGAUAGCAAGAAGACGCUGCCCACAGAGGUGGAGCAGAACGCGACGGAUGUUCCGCAGAUCGCGCUGGCCGAGAUGCUCGAGGAUAUGACGCUGGAGUGUGCGGACGAUGAAAUGGGCGAAGAGCAACAGGAGGCGGGGGCACAGCAGGAGCCACAGCUGUAGAGAUAAAAGAUGGAGAUGAUUUGUUAGCAC